GACGACGCGUUGGGGGCGUGGUGCGGGUUGAUCAAGUGGACGGAGCAGACGUACGCGACGGGAAACGGACGGGAGAGAGAGCUUUUGCCGGUGCUGGAGCGAUGCACGCGAGAGCUGCAGGAGGUGGAGGCGUAUAAGGAGGACGCGCGGUAUUUGCGAGUGUGGAUCAAGUACGCGGAUUGUUGCGCCGAGCCGGGGGAUAUUUUCAAGUUUUUGAAGGCGAACGCGAUCGGGCAGCGACAGGCGCUGUAUUACGAGGCGUAUGGGGCGUUUUUAGAGGUUCGUCAAGCGUACGGGGCGGCGAAUGAGCAGUACGAGCGCGGGAUUGAGAUGCGCGCAGAGCCGCUCGAGCGCCUGCGCGCGUCGUACGCCGCGUUUCAGCAUCGAAUGGUUCGCGAGUCGACGACGGGCGCGCGCCAGGCGCGCGGCGGCUUAUCAGGACCGACGCGCGGCGCGACUCAAUCUACACCACAAGCUCAGACUUCGAACGCGCAAGGAAACGUUGGCGGUUUAGACGUUUACGAUGACGCCGAAAACGGUGCGCCCACUCCCGGAGAGGCGACGACGACGGGGCGAUGGAAAAACUUGGGCGGGUACAAGGAUGUGCGCAAGGAAAACACCGCGCAGGCGACGACGUGGGCCGGUCAACGA